AUGAAGCGCUUACGAGAGCCUGAAGACGGCACAGGCGUGGAUGCCCAAGAGCUACCAGAAGUGGACCCGCGCGCGGCCCCGGCCGCCAAACUCGUGAACCUCGAUAGCGCUGCCUCGGACGACGAGUUAGUGGCAGCUAUGAAAUGCUCCAUGCCUCCUCACAAGGAGGCCCUGUCCUUCCAAACCUACGAGGAUUAUGAAGCGCAUUACAACAAGGCACAUCUGAAUAGGUGUCUGGAAUGCGACAAGAACAUGCCCUCUGAGCACUUGCUCAACGUACAUAUUGAAGAGUGCCACGACUCGUUCGUGGCCGUAAAGCGCGAUCGAGGCGAACAUACAGCAAGUAUUGAUGGAAGGAGAUCUCUCCUCCUAGAAAGCGGACAUGGCCGGCGUCGGUCGUCCAUCAACUUUCAGCCCAGGGACUCUCGAAGACGAGCUAGUCUUUUGGAGGCGGCCGAAAGGGACAGGAAAGGCCAGAACGAGACCGCCCUCGCUGGCAAGCAAGCGGCGGAUAAGAGCCCCGGCAAAGAAGACGAAACCUCGUCUUCCGAGGAAGAGGAUCGAGAUGAGGAGAUGGAAGGGCUGACAGGCGCCAUGUCUGCGUUGCAGUUCGUACCAACAAAUAUCCGGUUUGGGCGCGGUGGUCGUUCGGGAUUUUCGAAGACUUGA